GCAUUCUGUGGUCAUGUUGUUCGUCAAACUCCCCAUGAAGAUUUCGGAUUGGUUUCCUAAAGUGUCGACUCCAACCUUUGCCACACCUCCAAGCAGCACGUCCUCAGCUAUUUAUCCCACUUAAUUGUGCCUCGCCUACCAGUUAUUAUUUACCCAGGAGAACUCGAAGUCCAGCAACAUCACCAGGUCCAACUAUCACCGAAAAAUGACUACAAUUAGGUUCGGGACCAGCUGCGGACCAUCCGCAAGGAAUUCCUUCAGAGAGGCAAACCCGCACUGGGAGGAUGAUGGCGCUGUAGACGACAUAGACGCCGAUAGACCUGUACAAUGCCCCUUCGACAAGAACCACGUAAUUCGUACGUGUCGGUUCGCAUAUCACAUCCAGAAAUGCGAAAAGAACAACCCGGAGUUGGCCGCAGAGCUGGUGAUGUGCCCCUAUAAUGCACAACAUCGCAUGCUGAAACACGAGAUGGACAAACACGUGAACAAAUGUGUAAACAGAAAAACGGAAAGGUCGAAAGAGUCCGACGUCAAAGAAGUUCUACCGAAAUUUCAAGUCCCUGUGAACAGAUUUUCUGCACCCAAAAGUGAAGAGGACUGGGAGACGGAGUCAGACUACACAGCAGACACAUUCGUCUGGGGUAAGCCUGUGUCUACCCACACGCCUCCCCAGAAUGGUUGGGUUGGACCUAAGCCAUCAACUACAAAAAGUGCAACUCCUGGGCUACGUUUACCAUCAACCCUUCCCUGGAAAAACUGAUUUCCCCUUUUUAAUCUGAAGGAACUCAUCAACUGGAUUUUUUUUAUAUGGCCACAUGCACAGACUCUCUAGACACAAUGCACACAAUGAAGGAACAUCACCACAAUUAUUUCCAUGUUGGGGUUAUUUAGAAAGAGGGCACUUUUGCUGCCUUAGUGCUGGAGGUGUGCAUGUGUUGUGGAUUGUGUCCACAUUUUAGACUGUUUUUAGACAAUAUUUUAGAGAAUAAAGACAACUUUUUUUAUACCUUU